UCUAUGGGAAAGCGCACCUUGGUUUUGGAACACUUUGGUUUUGGAACGGACUUCUGGAACGGAUUAAGUUUGAGAACCAAGGUACCACUUUACUUUGCUUUUCCAAGGAAUCUGGGUAAAAGUUGAAUCCAGUAGAAGUAAUCUGAGCCUUGAAAAGAGGGCUGAAGAAAAAGCCACCCUCAUCACCUUAUGUCCAAGAAGGUAGUGAUUGGUGGUGAUGGUGGGGCUUAGAGGCUUUGUGGCCACCAGGGAAAAAGGGAGCACCCCCAUAUUGGUGGUGCCUGCUCUAAGAAGAUACUUGGCUCAGGAAUGGGCUUUCAGCACUAGAACUGAGCUCCAAGUCCUUCCACAUACAAAAACAAGUUCUGUUUUUUCUUCCAAGUUUUUCACCACACAGCCUGAUUUUUAGAAAGCACGCACACACACACACAUCCCUUUUUUGCUGCUGUUCUCGUCAAACAGUUGGGAAACAGGAUCCCUUGGAGAUCUACCCAAAGAGCUGUCAGGAAAUCCAGAUCCACCUCCUCCCGGCUCGUGCUUGUUCCUCUUGGUGAUUCUAGCUGCACGAGACUCGGGUUGCCCUCUGAAAACGUAAAUGAAAAAAAUGUCAGACCCGCAUUCAAAGAGGCGUGAUUAACACUUCCUGAUCUUGGAUUGCCUUGGUCAGGCUGGUUCGCACGCCACUGCUUGCAGACAUUUCCCCUUGUUACGGAGAGCUUAGCGGACUCAUGCACCGCUUCCAGGAUGGCUGAGGACAUACUUUAUGCUGAUAUAAAGUUCGCUUCUCAGACACACUCUUCAAGCCUGCGCAGCCCAUCUCAACAACUUGCUGCUCCCCAGCAUUCCCGUUGGAUCCAGAUCGCUCUGUGGGCGGCAUGCAUUGGGAAUGUCAUCCUCGUGAUAGCUGUGAUAGUCCUGGCUUUGCAGCUGGAACCUGAAAAGGAAAAAAUUGUGCUGAACAAUGGUGGAUGCAAUGCCUCAACAGACAAGUUUCAGGCUUUCCUAAGACUCAACUUCUGCAAUCAAAAUCAGAAUAGGUCCUCAGAUAAUUCCCCUUGCAAAGUGUGCCCUCUACAAUGGCAGCUCCACAGGGACAAGUGCUACUGGCCAUCGGAAGAUACUAAAACCUGGGAUGAGAGCCAACAUGACUGUUCAACAAGGGAUUCUCAACUGCUGGUCAUCCAAGACAAGGAGGAGCUGGAUUUCAUAGAAAGCAUUACUAAAAAUUCAAAAUACUGGAUUGGACUCUCACUAUUAAAAUCGAAGAAGAAAUGGACUUGGAUUACAGGCUCCCAGCUUGAUCAGAGUCUAUUUCCAGAACCAGACUAUGGUGAAGGAAACUACUGUGCUGCAAUAAAACAAAGUGUUAGCUCUGAACCCUGCAAUCGUCCACUUCAGUGGAUUUGCCAGAAAGACACUCUCCUACUGUGAUAUUUUAGUUUGAUAAAUGCAAUAAUUAUGUGGGUUUUUGUUAUUUGCCAGGAACGCACAAUAAAAAUGUCACUGAGUUACUGAGAAGAUUA